AUGAAUUAUGAGAGUCACCUAAGCGAUAGUUUGAUAGAAGAAAAUGAAUAAAAUGUGUAAUUACCUAAUUUUCUAUUUGAAUCAGGCAGAAGUAUGUUAAUAAAAAAAAAUCAGAUCAAAUUAAUUCUAUCGGUCAUCAAAUAUGUUUUUGGAAUGUUAUUAGUAAGAACAUCUAUAUUCUCAGAUCAUUUUGAAAUUUAUACUUAUUAGGGAUGAAAAUAAUAUCUCCUAAUAAGAGUUUGUAUAUAAUCUUUAAUACAUUGAAAUAUGGCUUUAUAUAACAGGUAUAGAUUUCCUUCACGUUAGUUAUUCAUAGCUUUAUAGUCAUGAUUUAAUAUAGAGUGAUUUAAAAAUAUUUAAAUAAAUACUCCAUAAUAUUACCAUUAGCUAUAGAGAUGGAGCUAAUUAAUAUUAUUAAUAUUGAAUAAGGAUUGGAUUAAUAACAACGAUAGUAGUAAAUUUAAGAAUAAAAUGAUUACUAAAAUCAAUAAUUAAUUGGUAGGCUCUUACUUUUUGAUUAAAGAAAUAUAUUUGUCUCAAAAUUAAGUUAGGAACUUUAUGUACUUAAAAAUAUAUAUAAUUAGGAAAAAUUGUUGGAUAAAUUUAAGUGUUUGAAAAUUUUAAAUAAAUUCAUGGUCCUCGCAUUCUUUUUCAUUGAAUUAUUUGCCUUGAUAAUCCUUUUCGAUAGCCAUAGCAUAUUGAUUGUGGAUAGGCGAUUUUAUUAUCUAUGCAUCGUUUAUAUGAUUUUAGUACUCUUUCAAAUUGAUUUAGGUGGUAAUAUUCGGAUUAAACUAAUAUUUUUCAACAUUUACUUUGGCAUUCCUAUGGAUUGUAUUUUUCCCUGUUUUCAUAUCAUACGAAAUUUACAUGUGGUUCAAAAAAAGGAAGGAGAAAAAGAUAGAAAAAAAGAAAAUUUUGGAUACUUUUGAGGAGAUCUUGUUAGAUUAGAAAUAGCAUCAAUUAGAAAGUAUUAAAAAAAAAUAUCAAAUAAGAUAACGAUUGUGCCAUUUGUAUGCAAAGUUUUUAAGCCAAGGAUUAAGUAAUCAUAUUAUCUUGUUCAGAUAAGCAUGUAUUUCAUACGGAUUGCAUAGUUGACUGGUUAAAACUAAAUACUAAUUGUCCUCUAUGUAGAAAAUAAGUAAUAGAACAAAUUUGA